UUUCAUACUCAUAACUCAACAAACUGAGGAGGUUAAGGUUAUUGUUUUAUUGAUCAGCAGCCUGUUUUCUUCCACCGUCUUUCAAUCUAUAUAAAGAUUGAGGUUGCAUGUACUGUACUUGGAGGGCACACAGUACUUCGAGUACCAAAUUUGCAUAAUACGACUACUUUGGGCAUCUGAUGUAAGGAACUUCGGAAUGCUGGCCAACAACUGUAUCCAUCCGAAUACUGUGCAUUUCCCAAUGACGAACAUCCACCUACCUCUCAGAAUUCUCAUAUAUUUUCAGAUCCGCUGAUUUUUUUUAUCAUCGCAUUAUCUCCUCCAACUUCAAUUAUCACUGUUGCUCAAACAAUGUCCCCAAGUCACUUCGAUCAGCCGGGGAAGUUUGAGUCCGUACCUCUCCCGACAGAGAGGCCCGAAGUCGGUGAGGCUCCCCACUCACAAACUCGCCAGCAGAGCCCUCUGGAGCCAGACUUAUCGCAUCACCUAUAUUUUGAAGAUAAUGAUGGCUUCUUUCCUCCAAGUUGGCUGGGGCAGAAGCCCCCUGUCCAAGGCCGAAGUCGUCCGUCGACCGCAGAAACCGAAACGACAGCGCGAUCCCACUAGUCAUGAGGGCUUACAACCUGCCUCGCUCUCUCUCUCUCUCUCUCUAUUCUACCGAAUCAGAUUUGGUUGGACGUAACAAUGGCGCUCUUCGGAGAUUUCACUGCAUUUGUUUUUCCUGGCUGGACAAUUCUCUGCUGGUGCUUUACUGAGGCCAUCGAGUUGUUAAAUUUACCAUGAUUCACCUCCUCUCCGGCCUUGAUAAAUGAGAUGUUCUCUGCAAGUAGCACGGUUAGAACGAACCUUGGAGACCGUACUACUCCGUAC